AUGAAGACUCAGGGGUGGAGGCAGAAAAGAGUCGCCAGCAAACACGGUAGCUACGACAGGGACGAGAACGAGCGCGACGCCGCGCUCCCGCCCAGCAGCGAAUUACGCAAUCAGGAAGUCAAAGGGCACGACCAUAUGGAUUACAGGCAGGGCGAUUACUACGGUGGCUCCUCGCGCCGCAGGUACGACGAUGGCCCCUCGGACGGCUACCGUCGGCAGUACGACGCCGGAGACCACGGCAGGCACCACCGCUACGGCGACCGCAACCAGUACGCUGAACCCCGAGUCUAUCGCAACUCACGCUACGACCGCAGGACUUUCGAGGACGAGCGGGACCACUACCAGGACUCCAGGUACUACCGUGGAGGCCGCUAUGACGACCACCAUCGAUAUCGCAGAUCAGGCGGCCACUACGAUGAUAGGGACCAGUACGACGACAGGUAUGACCGGUACGAUCGGUACCACAGGUCCGGGCGCAGCUACUCGCCGCAAACGCCGUUCUCGGACAGGCGGAGCCCGAACGUGCGCAAGGGCUACUACUCGCCCCCGCCAUCACCGCCGGCUGACGCAUUCAUGCCUCCGGAGAUGCCGCCUACGGCUGAGCCGUCUGCGGCGAGGUCCAAUCAGCGGACUAACACGGGUCCUGGGAACUCAGGCUCCACUAGCGUCUCGUCAACGGCACACGGUGACCAGGCGGCAACCAAGUCCCGGGAUGAUAAUAAAAAGUCCGAUGGCGUUCAUAAGGGCGAUGUCAAAGUCGUUGAUCCGAGGGGGAAUAUGGAACUCUACGACGCAAGGAUGGUCACGACGUUCGACCUGGUCACGCUGCCGCGAGUGGCUCCGGCUGACGCCUCGCUCGCGUCGCCACCGUUCGACAUGCGCGUGGAGUGGAGAACGCUCAAGCCCGCGGCGAACGGUUUCUCGACGCCUAUUGAGCGCAUUAAUAAUUACAUGUGCGCCCCAAAGACGCAAGUCUUCAAGGAGUGGUGGCUUAAGGGCACCCUGUCGCUGCUCAUGAUGGGCAUACCGAGGCAGUGGCAGCCCCAAGAGGUACUCUCCUACAUCAUGGACGCGUACGACCGGCUGCUUGAUUGGGACGACAUCCUCGACGAAAGCAACAGUAACGGCGAUGUCCCCCUCGGCGCCGGAACCGCGCGACGCGAUCACGUCGAAUGGUGCAAACAAAUAGGGCUCAGGAAGUUUAUCCUGCUAUUUGGGCACCAAGGGAUCGCGGUCAACGAAAUACCGAUGCAGUUCCGCAGGACACCUGAAACCAGCAAUGCCGCAACCGCCGGCGCGCAAAGCAGGACGCAUACGGCCAAUGAGCAGCCAGAUGCCAUGGCACUCCUCGUCUUCGAAUCGGAAACACACGCGAUGCAGUUUUGGGCGGCUAUGGCGUCUAACUGCAUCAAGGCGUACCCCUCCACAAUCGUGGUGGCCCCAGACCCGUCGGGGUGGCGCAUAUACACUGAGGCAAUCGCACUCUGGUUCAACGGAGAGGCUAUGGGGCAGGUACCGGCACCGCAGGCGCAGAACAACGUGACGAAGGACAAGCAGAACGAUGACCUGCUGCCCGUGCUCACGAACAAGUCACAGGAUGAGGCUGCGCCGAAGCAAAAGCCUCUACCACAACUAACCUUCGUGUCGCCCUACGUCUCGAACCCAGAGGACGCCAACGAAAUCGCAAAUGCACUCGCCAAAAUCGGAAUUCGGUGCAUGUACCACAAGCCCUCGAAGAUUAUGUCGCUUCAGUUCCCAAACGAAACGCUGUUCUCCUCGCUGGCGGUCUGUCAUCGCUUUUUCACGUCGCCUUCGGGAUCGAGGGUGCACUGUUGCUUCAUCAGGUGCCUGGACAAGUUCCUCCCCCUUGUCAAGCGCACCAACGUGGAGCACCUGUCGAACGCAGUCGAAAAGAGCAAGACUGCGCCGCCUAAGCCCUGCAAGUUCAAGCCGCCCAGUGUCGGCAUUAUCACCAUAGAGUGUAGCCAAUAA